GCUCGGUCGUAGUGUAAGCUGCCGGCACCGAUCAGCAGUUCAUCGUCGACCGUCAGACACGUCGUCCGUUUUAGUGCUCUCAUACCACAACACAACACAACACAAAAACGGUUUUCGCAAACGCCACAAUAAAAAAAAAAAAUUGUGUUUCUUACCAGUUUUUUUUCAAUCGCUGUACCGUCUGGACACAUAUACGCCAAAUCUUAACACAUUAGCGAUUUUCAACCGGAAAGUCGUUUGUUUAGUCUCGGCUUUGUGUACUAUUACUUUUUUUUUUUUUUUUUUUAUCAACCGAAAACGACAAUUUUAUACCAUAACUAAGCGCUUCGCGUUUAACCGUACGACUAAUUCAACUGCAAUAGUUUUUCUACCUUUUGCCCUCGUACUUGUGACACUUUUCUCGGCAGACAGUCGUCGGUUUUCACAUCCGACUCGACAAAAAAAACAAAAUUUCAACACUGAACGUCACCACGGUGAAAACGGAGUCCGUACCUAAUAACAACCAUGAAGGUAGAACUAGAGUCUGCUGUCAAGUUUAUUAUUUCAAUGUUACGAGCUGGACACAGAGCAAAGUUGGUUCGUAGCAAGGGUGAUAAAUUUUUCCUUGAACCUGAGAUUGAGAUGCUCCAAAUGUCACUAAUAUCUGUCAUGAGCCAUCAGUAUAAAGGAUACUGGUUUCCAGAUUCACCAAACCGAGGUUCUGCUUACCGAUGUAUUCGUAUAAACAAAGACAAAAUGGACCCAAUCAUUGCUAAAGCUGCUGCUUCAUGUGGUUUGUCUUGUAAUUUAAUACGUUCCUAUUUACCUGAUGAGUUGACUUUGUGGGUUGAUCCUUCUGAAGUUUCUUAUAGAAUUGGUGAGGAAGAUGGUAGUAUUUGUGUUUUAUAUGAGGCACCAAUUGAUGUACCCCAAUAUAAUCGUGCCUCCACAUCCCCAGAUACAUACAAUCAGUCUUCUGUUGUAUCUAGCGACAGUGGUUACUCUAAUUAUUCACCUCCAGCUAAACAAUCAAACAUGCUUUCAUUUGUUCCCCCCACUUACGGAUCUCCAGUACAAUUUGUACACUCAGCCUACCAAUCUUAUCCCACUUACAUUUCAAGUUAAUUAUAUAAAGAACGUAUUCACUAAUUCAAAAGAUAUAGCAUCUUGUAAAUAAUAAAAAAAAAAAUGAAAAAAAAAUAGAAUAAACAAAUAAAUUUAUAUUAUUUAUUAGAUAAAGUAACUAUAUAAUUAAGGUUUUUAUUUAAAUAAAAUAUAAAAACUAAGGUCAAAAAUUGAGGCACUCAGUAUAAUCAAAUUUACUGAUAACAUUCCCUCCCCCUUUUUCACAACCAGUGAUCUAUGAUCUCGCCAAGUCUGUAGACAGUUAUAAUUAAGUAUAGCAUAUUUAAAUUUGUGCUUUGAGUAUAAGAAUUCUCUGUAAUCACAUAAUUAAAAGUUUGAAAAAAAAAUCAGUUAUAUUUAUUAUUACAUGUGAUCCUUGUGCUGGGUGGUCCUUAAGAAUACUGUUGAAUUAAUUUGUGUUGAAUAAACAGGAGACUGGGUAGUGUAAUGUUUUCAAUUUUUUUUAGCUAACACACUAUUUCAUAACUAUAAUUAUCUAAAAUUCUUAACAGUUAAGUAUAUUUUAUUGAUCCCUAAAAAUUUAAGUCAUGAGAUUUAAAGUAUACAUAUGUACAGAAAUUAUUUUGUUAUUUAUAUUUGGUGUAAUGAUAUUUAAAUAUAUUAAAUUUUAAUAAUAGAAAAAAUUAUGUAAUUAAACAUUUAAAAUUACCAUAAAAUAUAUAUUUAUAUUUAUUUUUUAUAAUAGUUUAAGUAAAAAUUAAGUUAUUUUAUAAUCCCACUUUCAUUUUUCCUUAAGUAUGCCGUCACAAAUGUUUAUUUUCAAGUAUAUUGUAAACAUUAUCAUAUUAUAUGUGUGUAAAUUAAGUGUUAUUUAUGUCUUAAUAACAUCAUAACGAUAUGUGCAUAAAUCAAUAUCUAACUAUUUUAACAUAAAUUUAACCUUAUAAGCAGUUUUUCAUCAUCAUCAUUAAAAAUUACUGGUUUUAAAAAUAUUUUCAAAAAACUUGAAUUCUUUGUACCCACUGAUUUCUCGAACAAAUUUAUUAAUUUUUACUGAAGCAUGUUCCUUUAACAUUACGUAUCAUUUUUAUUUUAAGUGAUGGCCAUAGUAAUAUUUCACUACUAUACAAUAAUUAAUAUUUUUUUAAUGAUAAUCUUUUUUAUGUUUUUAAAAUAUUUUAGAAUAUUAAAAAAAAAAUUUCAGUAACCAGUGUUGAAUUUUGUAAAUGGUCUGGUUUAUCUGAUAUUACUAAUAUAUUACGUUGAUACAAUAUAGUAUAUUUUAAUUUAAAUCAACUAAAGUAAUUGUCCCAACUAGUCGUUUUAUUGCUUUUUCAUAAAUAAGUAAAGGAAAAAACCAUUUAAAAAAAUAACUUUUUUUUUUUCAAAGAAUUUUGUUUGACGGGAAUUUUAAGAAUUUAUGUAAAUAUGGUAAAUGUAGAUAUUUUGCAUUGAUCUCUUUGUCUCUCUUUUUUUCUAUCUUAAUUAUUUCCCGUCUUAUCUUUAUUUAAUGAAAAAUAAAAAUGUCUAUUCUUAAACCUAUACUUAAAUGAAAAAGUUAUUGUGAUAUACCUAGGGUUAUGUAUAAUAAUAAUAAUGAUGUAUUUGAACAACUUUAUUUAUUUUAUUUUAUAUUAUUUUAUUAUUAUAAUUUUUUUUUGUUUGUUUCUAAAGCGAGUUAUAUUAUAUGAGGAUUGACCAGACUAUUACAAUUUUUUAAUUUAGUAAUAACCCCUUCUGUAUACCCUUUAUUAUUUGUGUAUUUAUUUUUUUUUAUAAAAAAAAAGGCUGCGAAUAAGUUAAAGUAUUUAUUGUAACUCUAUGUUUAAAUGUCAAAAAAUUAUAAAGAUUUGAUUAUUUCUCCCCAGUCUUCUUGUAUUUGUGUAAAUAAAAAAUGUAUUUUAAAAUUAUAUUGUCCAAAGUUGUUUUAUUUAAAAUAUGAGCCAUGAUAUAUAUUGAUAUAUAUUUAUAUUUGUAUUUUUGCUUCCUGUUAUAGGUUUAAAAGUUUAAUAUAAUUUUAAAAGAAAAUAUUAUUGGUGUUCUCAACUUUUGAAUGUGAUAUACGUUUUGUAAGAAAAUAAAUGAAGAAAUAUUAAA